AUGAUGAAAAUCCGAAGCAGAGCAAUGUCGAUUACAUCUACGAGUACAUCGCCAAUAUAUUCGUUCAGCACUUUACUAACCUUACCGAAGCCCAAAUUCGGGUCAUUAUCAAAGGAUUCUUCAGCUUCAACACAGACCAAGGCGGUAUGCGAAACCAUCUUCGCGAUUUCCUUGUGCAAAUUAAGGAAUUCAACGGUGAAGAUACCUCCGACCUAUUCCUCGAGGAAAGGGAGGCUGAGAUUCAGGCGGUUCAAGCGAAAAAGAACGCCGUCCCUGGGAUGCUCGAUCCGAAUGCGAUGGUGGACGAAGACGAAAUGCGCUAAAGCGGUUGCCUCCCAGCUGGCGUUCCCUCAAUCAAAUUUCACUGUUCAUUGA